AUGGCGGCUGCAAAUGCUGUGAGGCCUGAGGCCUGGUACAUGGAUGACUCUGACGCAGACCAGCGGUUGCUGCACAAGCUGGAGCCGAACCAGCCCAGGCCUGAGGCCUGGUACAUGGACGAUUCUGAUGCAGAUCAGCGGUGGUCGCACAAGCUGGAGCCAAACCAGCCGGUGUCUCGGGAGCAAUUGGCGGAGCUUGGGGUGGUGCACUGGGUGCUGGACGCAGACAAGUAUGAGACGGACCCUGAGUUGCAGCAGAUUAGAAAGGACAGGAACUACAGCUACCAGGAUCUCAUCACGGUGAGCCCCGACAAGCUGCCCAACUACGAGGUCAAAAUCAAGAGCUUCUUCGAGGAGCACAUUCACACCGACGAGGAGAUCCGGUACUGCCUUGACGGCAGUGGCUACUUUGAUGUCCGGGACGCAAAUGACAAGUGGAUCCGCAUCCUGGUCCGGAAGGGCGACAUGAUCGUGCUGCCAGCGGGCAUGUACCACCGCUUCACCCUCGACGAGAACAACUACAUCAAGGCUCUGCGGCUGUUUGUUGGCGAGCCAGUAUGGACUCCCAUCAACCGGCCGGUGGAUGAUCACCCCAUCAGGAAGUCGUACGUGGACGCAUUCGUGCAUAAGGCCCCAGCAGUGUCCGUGAAUUGAGUUCGAACAGUCAGCAGUUGUCAAAGUUUUGAAAGAUUAAAACCUUCAGGUAAGGUUUGUUUAUAAACGAGAAGCAUUUUCGUACAAGUUAGUAGCUUUACAGACUGUGAGUGCUUUGAUGGCUUGAUGAUUUUUGUGAGUGACUUGACUAACGGAUAUUUGGACAUGCCGUCGUGAUUAGGUUGAUGUUGCGACCAUUUUUAUAACAAAGGCUUGCCCCUACGGUUGGUAUAGCUAACAUGUUAUGAGGGGCGAGGGACUCUAUCGGCAUCUUACGGCAGGAUGGCCACUUUCAGGAUAAACCAAAACCACCCCACUACCGAGCCCGGUCAACGACCAGGCUUUGCUUUAGUUUUUGUGGAUGCAUACUGACCAAUAUUUUUGUCCCGAACUUUUCUCAACUUCCGCGCUCGUCGGAGCUGAUCGUACAAUUACGUUUCAA